CACAGUUGAACCGACAUCCAUACGCCAAGAUUUGCUGCUGUAUAACCAGUAGGCUUGCUGCAGACUACUCAUGGAUGGGGGGUCACUGCUGCCGUGAAGUGGGCUAUGAAGUCGAGAGCCUCUUUUCGUGCGCAUGGGGUCCAACAAAACGGCCAUCUUGUGCCAGGUUCUUUGUUUGUUAGAAAGUUACUGACAUUCAAUGAAAGUCUCCAGGCACAUGCUCUAACCCUCUGGUCAACGAGGAUCCCCUUUGACGGAGAUCCCCCUGUUGUUGACAGUACUACUUCGCAAACGGAAGAAGAAGUAUUCGAUUGGGAUGAUGAGCCUUGUGUCGACCUCGACUUCGUUCCGGACUACGUGCCUUCUAUCUCCGCACUGUCCGCUAGUGUUAUUGCCUUUGAUCUCUUUGGUACCAUCCUUGAUCGUGACGGUGCUGUGGAUGAAGCUAUGCUGUAUCUCGAAUGCAAACUUAUGAGACACAGAGACAACCCUGACGCACUCUACACUGACAUUGUGCGGCAUGCAUUGGAGGAUGUCUGCACGUUUCUAGGAGCGCUGCUAAGUGAAGUUUUACUCCGCGAAGCUGUCCAGACUAUCCUGCAACCUGGUUUAUAUGCCGACGCAAGAGUAGCUAAUCAGAGUGAAGCUCGGCACAAGCGACCCGACCCUAGCCGUCGACGGACUACAAGCUUUGCAAAUGCGACUACAAACAUCGUCUUGCUCUUCAUUCUUCACCAGUGGAGCGCACUCCGAGUCGCGUCAGGGAAUUCCGCGUUUGCGGCUUUGGAAAACGUGUCGAGCGCGUUUCAUGUUCUCACCGGCUCAGAGGUUGCAGUCAAAAUGGAGAUCCCAGCCGAUGCACCGACCCGCGCCCGUUGUACUGCCUUACGAAGCUCUGGUGUACGGUAUACCAUCAUGCAAAUGGAGUGGUAUGAAAGGAGGAGCACAUUUCUGGUUCUCGACCGAGUGGGUGCGAAUCUUAAACAGCUCCGAAGAGUAUGCAGAGGCGACCUCUCUUUGAAGACAGUAGCUAUUGCUCGGCUGUCGAAAUGGACUUGUCCUGCGGGACAUCAGCCCAAAACUUCGCGAUGGGCAUUGGGGAGAAAGUCUAAUAUGGCGAAACUUUACGUCGACCAUCUACAGGAACACAUAUACCGUUCCAUGAAGGCCGCGUUGGACUUGGAACUCCAUGAUAUGCAAGCUAUAACGUGCAUUUUGGACGAGGUUCGUAAAGACCAGUCCCAUUUUCCACUCAGGGCUAACGAGCGAGGAGCAGAACAGGGACGGCGAGAUGACCUUGAAGCAGGGGGCAACGUCCUGUUAUAUCUCUUGCAUGGACGCCUGCCUUGGCAAGGCAUCUAUGCACCAAGCAUCGAGGCCAAACUCCUUCGAAUAGGGGAGAUGAGAGCUGGUUUGCCAUUCCGUGACCUGCUUGUGCGCUCGCCCGUGGAGUUCACUACCUAUUUUGAUCACUGUCGUGGUUUGAAAUUCGACGAAAAGCUGAACUACGCAUUGCUAAGACAGCUGUUCAGUCAGAUAAUGGUCAGGGAAGGGUGGACGGAAAACACUGGGUUUGACUGGGAGGAUGCAAGUCCCCGCAAAGAUGUCCGGUUCACAGAAGACGAUGUGUCCACGCUACAGUACCCGAAUGUUUCCUUUGGUGGCCUUGCCACUGCAUCGCUAGUCAUUGGGUCGGACACUCCUUUGGCCGUCGGCUCUUCCAAUGCGACCGAGGAUGACUUGAAAGCUAAAGCUUUCUUCUGGCCUCCGGCCCCAUUAACUUUUUUCGUUUGGUGGCAAAUAUCGACAAUUUUGAGACGACGCUUGCCGCAGAAGCGUGAAGGUGAAUUCCUUUUCAUGGACCACAUCAAAAGGAGAUUCCCGCUAGUGUUGCGGGCAGAGCUCUACCAUUCCGGCGCCACGUGGCAGAGCAGAAAUGGCACUGCCAGGCAGAUAGCAAAACCUCCCGGGCAAAAUGUGGCAGAACUCCAAGACAUGCAGAACCACGGGAGUAGUAUAGGAUUGGUCUUCCAUCCAUUACAGCACGUAGAUCUAACACUUCUAGUACCAUCCAAAGAAAUCUGCGAUUCUGCCAUCCGCCAGGUUCUGCCAGUUCUGCCGGCAGAAUUACUUCAAAAUAGUUCUGCCCACAAUACAGUUGAAAGUCUGGAGUCUGGUACCUACUGGCACUCAGCUGGCUCUUGA